UCUUCCUAUUUUUACUUUGGUUGGUGUUAUGACAAGAUGCACAGAGGAAGAGCAUGAUUGCAUGGAAGGUUGUGCGACUGUGGUGAUUGAUUCAAGUGGAGAGGAACAAAGAUUAUGCAAAAACACUUCACAUUGCUCGAGUUUUAUGGCUCCAUUAUCGUUUCCUUUUCUCCUGUUCACAAACGCAACAUCUUGGUGUGCACUUGGCAUUUUGGUGGCUAGUACUGUUUAUGUUGUCUUUUUUAAAGUGAUUAUUACGCCAAAACCAUCAAUUGAUCGUGCAAAGCCACUUCCUGGCAUCGAAGUUACGUCAACGGAUGGAUAUAAAGAGAGAAUCUCAGGACAGAAUUCUCUUGCGUUUGAACAUACUUUAAAAUAUGAGGAAAGUGAAAAUACUACGUGGGCUGAAUCUUCAUUAGUUUCCAGACAACAAUUUGGGUUUAACAACGAUUUCAUUUCAAAAUUCUCUCUUGCUGUCACCAUCCUCCAGUUUACAUUUUGGUCUGCACUCACUACGUUCACGCUUCGAGCAUUUUUUACACAAAAACAAUUUUUGCCAUACCUCUACGUGCAGAUUUACUCCAAUAUUUUUACACUUCCAAGUCUUGCUAAUCCUUGGAUAUGCUUCUUCACAAUGACCAAAUUGAAAGAUGCAGUCAUAGCAACUUAUUUUAGACACAGAUGCCGAUUCAGGAAGCGACGCGUCACCAGUGGCAAUUCAAAUCAAUUCAUCCAACACAUAACGUGAAUGUAGUUAUAAUGAGCACUCUUUGUUUUGAUAUCGUCUUUUUGCAUUAUUUUAGUAUUUUAUAAUACUCAAUCAAUGAAUUUAUUGAAAAAUAGUUGUCGGUGAUGAUUUUGAGUUUAGCACUAGCAUUAGCACACACAAUAAUUAUGAUCCCAACCGACUUAAUUUGUAGUACGGAGCUAUAAUCGGACUUUAAAUUGUCAUUUUUUUCACAGAGAAACAUUUAUUGUAAACAUUUAAUGAGAGAUUACAGGGAGCUUCAAUUAUUCGAUUGGGACUUUCUUUUAUCACAAACAAAACAAUUGUUUCGCACCAGUUGUGUUAAAAACACAAAUUUUAGUCACACAAUUCACUUCCUAGUUUGCUCUUGGUAAACCUAUACACAUUGAGGAAGUAGUAGGAAAACCCAAAACUCAAGCAUUCCUGGUCUUAUAGCAGUUUCUAAUCAGACAGCGUCCUUUACAUUUAAACCUGUUGCCCCUACGCUAAUUAAGUAAUUGCUGUUUCUUUAUACAAAUUUUGAAUCCGAAGUUCAUGAAAAAACCGACGAGUGGUCAGUACGACUCA